AUCUAAAAAAAUGAAAGCAAGCCGGGUCAUUAAAUCUGGCGUUAUAUAAUAGCAUCUAUUUUUUAGCAUUAAUAGCGUAAGUACUGUAUAUUAGAUCAGACCGAAGAGACGAUUUUAAGAGUAACGAUUUUGAGUAAUUAUUAGAAUAUAGUAAACCCUAACAUAAUUGCAUUGAAAUUGCACAUUUUCAAAAUUGCCGCAAAUAACUACUUUUAUUUCUUGUUUAAUUCACAUCGAGCAAGUUUUCCACCCGGAAGUAGUCGUUCAAGAUCUGUGACGUCACGUCGUCAUCUUGUGGACGCCGCCACUUCAUAGCCACUCUUACCGACGGAUGAAAGUACAAUCUUUAACAUAUAUUUUAAUGUAAGGCCGUAGUGUUUAAGCCUGCCUAAUGUGGUUUAAUUGUCCGGUUGGUUAUGUAGCUAACGAUUGCACCACAGCGAGCGAGCUGCUAGCGAAGUCCGCGUGAACAUUAGCAUUGUUAGCAACGAGGCUGAAUGUAAGCACAAAGGCUGCGCCCCCAGCCUCGCAUCGGAAAAAUGUACCCUUCCUGGGGGAAUUAUGGUGCACCUCCGUCGCAAAACUACGGAGGAUCUGGCCCACGGAACAUCUCCGGAGGAGGCCUCGCCGGUCCCCAAGCGGGGUUCGGCGGUUUACAGGCCUCGCCGAGCGGCUCUCUCUUCUCGAGCCUGCAGGAGCAGCACCUACAGCAGAUGCAGCAGCUCCAGAUGCUCCACCAGAAACAGCUCCAGACGGUGCUGCAUCAUGGCAGCGCUGCUCCACCAUACGGUGGCGGACACCAGAGUGGGUAUUCGGGGCCGUCGUGGCAGUCAACAGAACCGGUUCAUUUGGACAGCGGUAUGGGGAUGCACCCUCACUUAAAAGGAGGGGACACGUUAUCGACACAACAGGAAUUGUCGAAGCCGCCCCCGCCACAGACUCACGCCGCUGAAGCUCAGCCAACUCCCCCUCCGUCAGACCCCCAGUCAUCGAAACUUAUGGACCCUAACGAUGGGAAAACACAGGAUGUAUUCAAUAAAGAGGACGACAAAACUUUGCCUUUGCCGAACCAGCAGCAACUUUGGUACCAGCAACAUCUGCAGAACCUACAAAAGCUGAGGCAAGAGAAACAGAACCAAAAGGAUGGUAACUUUGCUAUGCCACAGCCGACGCCGCACAAUGGGCAAACUCUGCAGCCUCCACUUCCAUCCGAAACACCCACAUCUGCGCCACCUCCGCCCCUUCCAACAGAGGAGCCCCCAGCACCGCCUCCACCACCAGAGCCGGAUUCAAAACAAGACAAUGAGGAGACUGCCCGUCUCCAGCAAUUACAGGCUGCAGCGGCUCAAUGGCAGCAUGUUCAGCAGCAAAGAGUAGGCUUACAUUACCAAGCUCUUAUGCAACAGCAUGAGAAACUCCAACAGAUACUGGAGAAGUAUCAGCAGCUCAUUCAGCAACCUCCAAACUUACAGACGAUGUCAGCUGAAAUGCAGCUGAGACAUUACGAAGUACAAAAGCAGCAGUUCACGCCUCUAUACCAAGACUGGGAGGUUUCUUUCAGGAUGUGGUUCGAGCAGUUCCAAACUUAUCCCCACAAAGACCAACUGCAUGACUAUGAGCACCAGUGGAAACAGUGGCAGGAUCAGAUGAAUGCCACUAAUGCCCACCUUCUUGAGAGGAUCACCACUCUGACAACAAUGGUGCCGUACGCUGCAAACCAGUAUAAUAAUGUAGUUAUGGGGCAAUAUGGAGCGUACCCAGGACAGGACGGUCAAAUUCAGCCGCAACAAGUAAAUCCAGGUAUGCAGUUCAAUGCCGUUACUGCCAGUCCUGCACUCCAGCAAGGUCAACAGCAUACUCCAGCUGCAGCACCCCUACACACAGGAGGUCCUCCUGCUGGGAUCGGACUCUCAGGUCAUCAAAAUGUUCCGUCACCAAACUACAACAACAUUGGGGGUCCACAUGCAAACAACCCAGGAUUCCACCAACCACGUAUGCCAUUUGAGGGACCUCCAAGGUUUGAUCAACAAACACAACGUUUUGACCUCCCCCAUCCUUUGCCUCAACCUCAACAACGCUGUGACGCUCCACCUCGAUUUGAUCAGCCCCCGACGCGCUUUGAUGGUACCCCGCGUUUUGAUCAACCACACCAGCGCUUCGAUGGUCCCACUCGCUUAAACCAACCAGGGCCACGCCUUGAUGCACCUCCCAGAUUUGACCAACCCACUCAGCAUUUUGAUGGUCCCCCAAGAUUUGACCAGAAACCAAGAGCUAUUACACCACGAUUUGGAAGGUCAUCCAGAUUUGAUCAGCCCCCACAACAGACAGGUUCAACAGUGCCCUCACAAAAACAACAGCAAGAAACCCUGCCUCAAGUGGAACAAAGUCUCAACCCACCACCCAGUGUGGAUUCUUCAUUAAAACCUGUCAAGCUGCCACAGUCAAAUCAACAAAACAGAAAAUCUGAUAAAGACAUGAUGGAUGACAUGGUUGAAGGUGAUGGAUUUUUUAUCCCAAGUGAACCUAUACCACAAACCAAAAGCCGUACAAAGAUUUCUGACAUUACCCGCAAGCCUAAUCCGUUAGACAGUAAGCCAGCCCAAUCUGGAUCUAGUACCCUGGAAUCGAAACAAACGAAUGCACCAAAUGUUCCCAAACCAGAAGGACCGUUGAGAAAUAAUAACCCUCCAGGAGUACCAGAGGAAAAAACUGAGACACAGCCAUCCAAAACUGAACCUGUUCGGCCUCCCCCUGGUACAGGACGUGGUCAGCCACAAGUACCCAUGCAAGGGAGAGGACGAGGUCAGCCACAACUACCCAUGCAAGGUACAGGACGUGGUCAACCCACAGUACCUAUGCAAGGUAGGGGAUGUGGCCAGUCCUCGGCCUCUGUGCAAGGCGCAGGACGAGGUCAGUCCCCGGCCCCUGUGCAAGGCGCAGGACGAGGUCAGUCCCCGGCCCCUGUGCAAGGCGCAGGACGAGGUCAGUCCCCGGCCCCUGUGCAAGGCGCAGGACGAGUUCAGUCCCCGGCCCCUGUGCAAGGCGCAGGACGAGGUCAGUCCCCGGCCCCUGUGCAAGGCGCAGGACGAGGUCAGUCCCCGGCCCCUGUGCAAGGCGCAGGACGAGGUCAGUCCCCGGCCCCUGUGCAAGGCGCAGGACGAGGUCAGUCACCGACCACUGUGCAAGGCGCAGGACGAGGUCAGUCCCCGACCACUGUGCAAGGUAGAGGACGAGGUCAGCCCCCGGUUCCUGUGCAAGGUAGAGGACGGGGUAACAGACAGAGGGUGCAUGGAGACAUGAGGGGACAAAACUUGCCACCCGAGGGGCAGAUUGACGAAAUGUCGCAUGAUUUUAUGCCACCCGGGGAAGAAGAAUUCAUGCAGGAGCCAGAGGAAGCCUACCAAUGGCAGGAGCCUUCAGUUGAGGAGUUUGGUGGUGAGACAUCCGAGGCUCCUGAUGAAGAAAUGUGGAUACCUGAAGAUCAUCACUUCCAAACAGAAGAGGAAUAUUAUGAGGAACCAUUGCAAGGACCUCCUUUGGGGAGAGGGGGGUUCCCGAUGAUGAGAGGACGCCCCCCUAUGGCUCGAGGUGGUCCCCCUUUGGGUAGAGGAGGACCGUUUAUGGGCCGAGGGGGGCCACCUAUGGGCCGAGGGGGACCACCAAUGGGCCGAGGGGGACCGGCAAUGGGCCGAGGGGGACCGCCUAUGGGCCGAGGAGGGCCGUCCAUGGGCCGAGGAGGGCCGCCCAUGGGUCGAGGAGGGCCGCCCAUGGGUCGAGGAGGGCCGCCCAUGGGUCGAGGAGGGCCGCCCAUGGGUCGAGGAGGGCCGCCCAUGGGUCGGGGCGGUCCACCCAUGGGACGAGGAGGGCCGUCCAUGGGUCGAGGAGGGCCGCCCAUGGGUCGGGGCGGUCCACCCAUGGGAGGAGGGGACCCAAUGGAUGAUCAAUGGGAAGAUACCGAGACAGAAGAGUACUGUGAUGAAGAGGCUUAUUGGGGAGAGGCUAGGCCUCCAAUGAGAGGAAUGAGACCACCAUUUCCGCCUGGCCAUCAUCGUCCACCACGCGGUCGCCCUGGUUUCAUGCAUCAGGGACGAGGGCCCCCGCCUCAUCUAGCACACGGGCCAAUGGAUGAGGAGUCAUUCGGACAUGAGACUGGUGAUAUGGAACUGGAUCCAUCAGAGCAUUACAUGUAUGGUGGGCAUGAUGCUCAUAACUUGCCAAUGCACCCAGGUAGAGGAAGAGGCAGACGGCCUCCCCCAUCCCACGAGGCAAUGGGAAUGGGUCCUGAUGGGGAGCCAUUUUAUCAUGAAGAAAUGGAGAAUGAACAGGAUUGGCCGCCACCCCAUGGGAGACGUCCUUCAAUGCCCCAUGAGAUCAUUGAAAGGGGCGGAAUGGUAAGAAGGCCAAUGGGACGUGGAAUAGCAAGAGGUAUGAUGCGGCCAGGUUCAUCCCGUGAACAUGAAGAGGGAUACAGUGAGGUUUAUGUUCAUGGAGAAGAUCGCUGGCGGCCACCGCAUUCUGAUGACCCCCGGCACGAGGCCAGAUUCUAUGACACUGAAUGGGAUAGAGCGCGUCCUCCACCAGAACGGGACUUUUCGCCACACUUGCCGCCCCCAGAUCGCUGGCUAGACGACAGAGAAAGAGGUCACCCAUACCCAUAUGAUGACGAGUACAACCAAAGAAGAGGAGAAAUCAGAAUCCGCGAGUAUCCGGACGAGCCCCCAUCCCGACCGGAAGACCCAUCGCAGCGUCCUUCAGAAUGGGAUCGGCUUUCAAGACACCCACUGUCAGAAAGGUUGUAUCCCACUUAUGGGGAUCAUGGGGAUAAACCCGCGUUGGACAGGCCUCCACUCCCUGGACCUGCUGAAAACUCAAUUGACCUCGCAGCACAAGGAGCAGGCGGAGGCAAUGUACUUGCUCUUUCCCAGCGCCAACAUGAAAUCAUCUUGAAAGCAGCCCAAGAACUUAAACGCAUCAGGGAGAUACAGGAGGGCAAGCCUGCUGAAACAGAAUCUCAGCCUGCAUCAUCUGAUGUAUUACCCGAGCUCCCUGCUGGGCUCCUUGGUUUGGAGAUCCCACCAGAAGUCAGAAAUGCUCUGAAGGGCAUGACUACGGCUGCUCAGGCAGCUCCAUCUUGGGAUACUAAUCCUGCUGCACUUGCGCCUGCAGUAAUUCCAAAGACUGUGGAUUAUGGGCAUGGACAUGACUCGGGUGCCACUGUUGAGAGGAUUGCUUACGGCGAGAGAGUUGUGUUGAGGCCUGACCCAGACAGGGGCUAUGAAAAAGAACCUCUUCGAGAUCCUUACAGCAGGGAUCCUUACUAUGACAGACGGUCAGACCCUUACAUGGACCGCCGUGAGUACUCCCGAGAAAGAGAGCCGUACAGAGAAAAACCUCCACCUGAAUACGAAAGGGAGAGAUUUGGGAGGGAACGUUAUCCGCCCAGAGAGCGAGAUGAAAGCACACUAACGAUGGUUGAGGAAAGAGCUCCACUGGCACCCCCUCAUCAUUCAGGAUACAGGGAUAGAGACCGCGGCCUUAGAGAGAGGGAUCGAAGUGGCAGCCGUGAUCGAGAGGACCUUUUUGGGCGGUCCGGCUAUGAUAGACCUCUCUAUGAGCGCACAGCCCUCGACUGUGGUGGGUCUGAACGCUAUGGCCAUGGCUCUUCACCAUUUGACAGAAGAAGUUACCCAGAAGACCGAGGACCCCCCGCUGCACCACUUCCACCCCCACCACAGCCACCGCCUCAGGUUGAGAAGAAGCCUGAAAUCAAGAACGUGGAUGAUAUCCUCAAACCACCAGGAAGACUGUCCAGACCUGAGAGGAUUGUCGUCAUCAUGAGAGGGCUUCCUGGCAGCGGAAAAAGCCAUGUCGCAAAGCUCAUAAGGGACAAGGAGGUAGACUGCGGCGGCGCCCCACCAAGAGUUCUGGUUUUAGACGACUACUUCAUGAGCGAGGUUGAGAAAGUCGAGAAAGAUCCAGACACAGGGAGGAGGGUGAAAAGAAAGGUCCUCGAGUACGAGUAUGAACCAGAAAUGGAGGAUACAUACCGGAGCAGCAUGCUUAAAACCUUCAAGAAAACUCUGGAUGACGGCUUUUUCCCAUUUAUCAUAUUAGACACCAUUAAUGACCGGGUUAAACAUUUUGAUCAGUUCUGGAGCGCUGCCAAAACAAAAGGUUUUGAGGUCUAUAUUGCUGAAAUAACUGCUGACAACCACACAUGUGCAAAGAGAAAUGCUCACGGACGCUCCCAUAAGGACAUAACCAAGAUGUCCAACAACUGGGAGUCCACGCCUCGUCACAUGGUCCGCUUGGAUGUCCGAUCCUUGCUACAGGAUGCUGCUAUAGAGGAGGUGGAAAUGGAAGACUUUAAUCCUGAGGAUGAGCCCAAAGAAGCCAAGAGAGAAGAGGAAGAAGAGGGUGACCUGGGCUACAUUCCGAAAAGCAAAUGGGAGAUGGACACAUCGGAAGCAAAACUCGACAAGCUGGACGGUCUGGGGAGCGGCGGGAAGAGGAAACGUGAAGGCGAGCACAUGGCAGGCAUGGAGGACUAUCUUCAGCUGCCAGAUGACUACGCCACCCGCAUGUCUCAGCCAGGAAAGAAAAGGGUGCGAUGGGCCGACCUGGAAGAACAAAAGGACGCCGAUCGAAAGCGUGCCAUCGGCUUUGUGGUGGGCCAAACGGACUGGGAGAAAAUUACAGAUGACAGUGGCCUACUCGCACAGAAAGCGCUCAACCGUACAAAAUAUUUCUAAGACGAUCAUCAUCUUAAACCCUUGUUUUUGUGGUUUUUUUGAAGGUGUCCAGAAUGUGAAAAACAAGACUCGGUCAGUCAAGUCUUUAUUUUCCUUAAUGAGGAUAGCAACUUAUUUUAAGUCUCCCUCUGGUUAUGUGUUCAUUUUUUUAAUGUUUUAUACAUUCACCUGUACUGUUGUUUCUUGAAGCAUAUAGAGUGUAAGAAAACAAUAAAUUUUCACACCCUUCCAGUAAACGCGGGGAGUUCUUUUGCUUGACUACACUGUGAUGUUCACUGUAUCACAAAUAUUACAUGAAUGUGAAUUUUCAUUUAAAACAGGGGCAUCACACUUGUUUUCAUGCUCUUAGAGAGCCACUUACAUCUGUUACAUGAUAUUAUUACACAAGUGCCCAUUUUAUUGUAUUUGUACUAACAAAUUGAUGGAGAACUUGCUUGGAAAUGAUGUGAGAAUGUCAAGGUAUAUCUUGUUGCAUCAUCAGAUAUUUAAAGUGUAGAAGAACUCUGUUCUUCUCUCAAAAUGAAGAAAAAUAUUUGGUGAUGUGCAGUAUUGAACCUCAAUAUUUCCAGGCUUUCACGGGCCGCAUUAGAAGGCCCUGGCCCCAGAGCCUUGAGUUGGGUGUGACUGAGGUUUAGUGUGUGUUUCACAGUCCACAUCUGUACCAUUUUCUUGUUAACGCUAAAUGGUAUUGUCCUGUUAUGAUUUUUGUGAUGAUGGCAUGCCAAGAUCACCGUGAUGGUCAUGGGGUGGUAAAAAAAAUAGGUAGCAAAUGCUGUUUGUAACCCGGGCAAAUAAAAUAUCUAUUUUUGGCAAGCCAGCCAGGAGCAAAAAUAUGUAAAAGGUGUAUUAUAUAUGCUUGGUGACAUAUAUAUACAGUGAUUUCAUAUAAUAUUUAACACAUGUGUCCAGGUUAGCUUGUGUUGAGACCACUGUUGGUUUCCGGCUUUUUGCCUUAUUUCACUGGACGUUGUUACAGGCAGAUGAUCGGUGAUGGUGAAAACCACCUCCUCUGUUUAGAGCUGUUGGAUUUUUUUUCAUUCACCUUUCAAAUCCUUAUGUAGAAUUUGGACAUUGUUGUGCGCAAAGGAAUCCUGUAGAGCUAAUGUAAAAGGCACAUUAAAAAAAUGCUAUACACCUUCCUUUUUAAAAUGCACAUCACUGUCUAAAUAGCUGGCAACACAAGUGAAUAGCUGGAUGAUUGUGUCUUGGCCAGUUUUCGAGUUGCUAAACCGUUCGAGUCCACUUAUACUGUACGUUUAAGAAACGCUGUCCUACUGCACAUUCAUUCUCAUUACGCUUGAAGAUUGAAGAUGUAUUUGGGGAUCAUUUUCAUCAGUGAAGGUUUUCUUAUGAAGAGGACACAUUUUCGUCAUGAAAAUCUGAAGAACUUGCUGGAAUUUUGACCAUUUUUGUCAUCAUCAAUCUUUUAUUGGAAUGUCACACUGAGUCCAAGGUUCAUCUGUCAAGGCAAAAGACUCCCAAGACUGAAAACCGCAGAGCAAACAUUUGCUGUGGGAGAUUAUGGUGAGUAUGACGGAGAACAGUACAGAACUUUUAUUUGAACUUGUAAUGUGUAGAAUUGUAUUUAACUAGGGGUGUCACAAGGCACCCAUCUCACCAGACGAGACCUUACACAAGUUGGGGUCCACGAAUGCAAGAUGUGAUUUAACAUUAAUUUUAAUGGCUUUGGAAAAAAUGACUGAACAAAUUUGUGUAAUAACCGAGUCACAAAACAAUGUUUUUUUUGUCGCAAAUUAAUGCUAAGCAAUAUUUUUGUCAACAUUUUUUAAGAACAAAUAAACCGUUGUGAUAAUAUAUAAUAAAUAUACCAUCAUAAUGCAAUAUCUCGUUUAAUGUCAUCUUUCACUCUGAAGUUGUGAAUUUGUGGUUUGUGACAUGUAUUUUUUCACAGCCAAUUUCUGCUGCCUGUGAAACAUUGGCAGCAUUUCUUGAAAGGCUGACUUUCAAACUGUAUUAAAGAGCCGCAUUUAGUUUGCAAUAUGUGUAAAGUUGUGGUGUGGGCUUGGUCUCUGUGACAUGUAUUUUCUCACAGCCAAUUCGUACUGCCUGUCAAACGUUUGCAGCAUUUCUUGAAAUAUUGGAUUUUAAACAGUAUUAAUGCGCAGCAUUUCUUUAGCCAUGUGUUGCGCUGUUCUGUUGGUAUAUACUUUUGCCAAUCAAACAUCUCAGUGUUUGUGACUGUCAGGAUGAAGGCUAUGCAUCUUCAUAUGUAGUGGCCCCCCUGGGGGGGUGUCACCGUGUUUGCUGCUGUUCCAUGCAGCGUUAAGGCACUGAACCAAUCAAUGCACAACAGUGAACCUUCCUCCUGCCUGAGAGACGACGAAAUAGAGACUCAUGCACAUGGCGAUAUAUGGAGGCCGGCAAAAUUUGUUUGUUUUCAUCACUUCUCAUGUGGGUCAUUUAUUUAUUGUGAGUCAAGUUUUUUCCAAGAUGACCUGUCAAUUGCAUUCACACGCAAGCAGGUUUAAAGAAGUACAACAAAGUUUUUUUUCCAACAACGGUGACCUUCCAGUACAGCUUUAAUAUUACUUGACGGACACAUUUUGGGAACCCUACCAUGCUUAUAAAGACAACACCCCCUUCUGCUAGGGAAGGUCUUGUUUGUAUUGAUCAUUAGAUUUGGACUGCUAUGCUAAUUUCUAUGAAGUCAGCACCACAACACAAAUGUAACCAUUGAUGCUGGUCAAGCACGUACCUAGAACAGUAACCAAUCAAGACUGGGCGAAAUGUCAAUUGCUAUUAAAUAAUCAACAAUAAUUGACUUGUGUGGUUUUUGUAAGUCAGUGUUUCACAAAUUAUUGCACAACGAAGAAACUGCUUUCUGUCAACAUUCAUUUGCUAAUAUUUUGAGGAAUAACAAAUGCUGUAUGUUGGGACCCAGCAGCUGAAUUUUGUGUAUGGCAAUGUUUUUGAAACACUUUUUUUUCCAUAUUACCUUAUUAUAUGUUGUAGAUACUGUGUGCAUGGAAAUGACUUUUACUUCAGCAGGAUGGGGUGACAUCAAAGCAGUCAUGUUGUCACCCAAUGUCCCUUCACUCACGUGCAUUAUAUUUGUCACUGUAUGUAAGUCCACAUUGUGAGUGACCGCUGUGGCAAAUGAUGUACAGUUGUAGUAUGCCAGAUCGCAUUUCAUCUGUAACCCUUGAACUCAGCAGGAACGUCCGUGUCCAGUUUACAGAUCACCUUGUAGAUUGUUUUUUUCCAGGAUGGAUCUCGAUCCUUGCCCGUAUAAAUGGCGAUGUAGAAUUGUCGUAGUGUAAUCUCUGCCACUUCGAGGAACCGAUCCGGGACCUGUUUGUGCAGACUCUGAUUAGUAGACUGUAAAAUCUUGCAAAAAGAACGAAGAACAAAUAUAUAAAUGCAACACUUUUGAUUUUGCUCCAAUUUUUCUGCGCUAAAAUUGUUCAAAAAUCUUAAUAGGAAUUCAUAAUUCAAAUGUCAAGAUGCUGAUUAGACUACGUGAUUAUUGUGUUACCCAGGUUGGCCACAAUGAAAGGCCACAGCAAAAUUUGAACUUAAGAGUUGUAUUGGGGGGGUCUGAAAAUCACUUUCUGGUGACUACCAUUUGCCUCAAAUCCCGAUCCAGAACAUCCCAAAGUCCUGAUGCGGCAAGCAUCUGCACACAGUUCCUGCAUGGGCCAACACACUUAUCAUUGGUCAUGUUUGCCAUGCAAGGAUCAGCAUAUGCGGUAGUUGACGCAAAGCGGUGGUGGCACUAGAUACGGUACAGACUGUCUUUUGGACCUCUCCCCCUCUCUUCCACAUUUGGAGUGGCCUUUUAUUGUAGCCAAAUGGUAGUCACAGCAGUUUUGUCUGUUUUUCAAACCUCUGACAUGACGCACCUGUGAGGUGGAACAAACUUUAUCAAAUGUUUUAACAUCCUUGAUUUCAGCUCAUGAAAAAUGGGAGCAAAAGCAAGUGUUUAUAUGUAGUCUGUAUGUGUGUGUGUACACUUAUAGUACAUACUUACAGUAUGCAUAUAUAUAAACAUACAGUUCACAUUGUUGUACUUUGAAGUGGCCGCGGUAAAUCAAGGUAAGUGCUAUAUUGACCUGAAUAUCAGACAUACAGUAUAUUUUCAGAGAGAGCAAGAGUUCAAACAUUCAUAACACAAUAUUCAUAAAACAAUUCUCCCCCAAGCACCUAGAGCUUUUCUUCCCGUCACUCACACAACAGAUCUGCUGGGGGGGAAAAAAAACAUAGACAUAUUCAAAGAGAGAGAGUUAAAACGACAAUUUUUUCCCCAAGCAACUGAGCUUUUCUUCUGGUCACUCACACAGCAGUGACAGAAAUGUAAUGCAACAGAGGAGUUAUGAUGCUAAUUUUAAGGUGAUUAUGAAACUGAAAAAAUAAGAUCCAUUUUUUAUUGCAAUCUCCCAGUAAAUUUUGUGUUGAAGAACAGUUGUCUUAUAUAUAUUAGUGUCAAUAUGGUGAUACCAUGAGAUGAGCAGGCAACAUAUUUUUUUGGGCAUGUACACAUCCAGGCUUUAAUAUGAUGACAUCAUUGACUCCACGUUCUGUAUGACAUCAUAUCCAACAGCCUCUGAGGCCUUCAUCCGUCUUGUUAGUGUCAUCUUUCCUGUCAGUCAAGUCUCUCAACUUGAAGCAUUCAGAUGGAGACUGAAGUAAACACAUUGCACUAAAGAGCUUCUUAAAUCAACAAACUAAAAUCUUUCCGCCUAUUUAUUUUUAUUCUC